AUGCAUAACGUCUACGGCAAGGACAUUCUUCCGUGCAUUGAUCCUCAAGUCUUUGGUCUCAUUCGGCGCGGUUCCCUCGAGAAGCGCAGAAAGAACUUGCCUGUUGAUGAGUCUCAAAAAACAUGGCUAUCUAUAAAAUAUUUUGCAUUGCCCUUUACAGGUGGAGGCACCUAUAGAGAAGAGAAAGUGUUGGCAGGAUAUGGGCCGGAUGACAAAGGAAAUCCAAAUGAUUCUUCUCCUUGCAAAGUUCAUCGAGGUAAAGAAAACUGCAUCUUCGACAAGCAUGGUUGGCACUACAACUGGUUUUACAGAGUCUGCUUUAUGGAUGACUCUACGCACUGCGGUUUCGGUGCAAAAAAGUUUGAUAGUUGUGAAAAGUGCAUGGAAACUUGCAGUGUGCCUGUGUGUGCUGAAAAAGUUCCACCUCCAGCUUCCUGGGAGCUACCUUUCAAACUUGGAGGGGUAUGACACUGGCCUAUUAUAAAUAAACUGCAGUUUUAUUGGAGCACA